UAUCAACGCAUUUCCUAGGGACUUUAUUGACGGUGCUACUGAUAAUUGUGGGAAUUAAAUACAUCCUUUUUUCGACUUUACAAUAAAAAUAAAUAUUUCCUGAAUAUUUCCUGCAACGCGUGUAGAAGUACGCUUGAACCGAAUAGCUUUCUUCAUUGUAAACUUUGUAAACAAGGCUAUCACUAUAAAUGUUUGAAUAUAAAAAGUAGUCAAUUUUAUACGUUGUCAGAGGAAUUUUUAUCAUCAUGGAUUUGCCCUGCCUGCACGAAUAUAACAAAACGUAAGAAAUCUAACUGCCAAAUGGCAAUAUUAGACGAAUCAAUGAAUAUAUCUUACGAUCUUGACACAACUACGAAAUCGGAAACUAAAGAUUAUACUACUAAACCUUCUACGUCUAAAUCAUUUGAUCAUUCUGUUACAUUGGAAAAAAUAAGUCAACUUAUGGACCAAAAAUUAAAUGCUGCGCUAUCAUAUUACACGAACAACUUACGCACAGACAUUAAGACUGAUAUGGAGAACAUGGUGCGUAAUGAAAUCCAAUUGGCCGUGCAGGGACUAAAAGACGAAUUCUUAUGUACGACUGAUUUCAUAUGCGCUGAACAGAAGAUUUUAAAAACACAAAUCGAUAAUCAAAAUACUAUUAUAAAGGAAUUGGAAAGGGAUAACAAUAAUUUGAAAAUACAGUUGAAACAGGUCGAGAGCAAGCUUAGUACAAUUUGUAAUCUAUCUAGAAACCUCAAUCUGGAAAUCCACGCGGUGCCUGAAUGUAAAGACGAGAAUGUUAUCCUACUGUUCCAAAAACUAUGUCAGGUUGUGGGUACGAACAUAGACAAUUUAUCGGUUCGUGCAUGUCGAAGAGUAGCUAAGAUGAACCUUGCUUCUAAGCGUCCUCGCAAUAUCCUUGUAAUUCUAUCAUCGUCCCGGCAACGUGAUGAAAUAAUCUCAGCAGUUCACCGGUAUAACAAGGCCCACCACAAUAUAAUAUGUUAA